AGACAUUGCUGACAAACACUACAGUACAAUCCAGACAAGCCCAAUGACAACCAUUCAAAGAGCCUGAAUUAGCAAAACUGAGGGAGAAUAUUGCAGAAAAAGUGCAAGGAAAUUAAACAGGAAGUCAGCAUAAUGGAGGACGGUAUUCGAGGCCAUAUGGCACCCACUGUGGUCUCCAUGUUAAAGAUCAAGAAUGAAUGCAUUCGAGUGGUCCUGGCAGAGACCCUCUGCACAUUCAUCAUGAUGGUUUUCGGCCUUGGCUGUGUUGCACAAGUGGUCACAGGAAAUGGCUUUUUUGGAGAGUACCUCAGCAUAAAUAUAGGCUUUGGGUUAAGUGUGGCUAUGGGUGUGCACGUUGGUGGAAAAGUGUCAGGAGCUCAUAUGAAUGCAGCUGUUUCAUUCACAAUGUGCGUGUUUGGCCGUUUGCGCUGGAAGAUGCUGCCACUAUAUGUUUUCGCCCAGUUUCUGGGUUCCUUCCUUGCUGCUGGGACCAUUUUUACACUUUAUUAUGAUGCUAUACAUCAUUACUGUGGGGGCAAUUUCACUGUGUCUGGCCCCAAAGCAACAGCUGGGAUCUUUGCCACAUAUCCAGCACCUUACAUCUCAAUCUACACUGGAUUCUUCGACCAGGUUGUGGGCACCGCCAUGCUGUUGUUGUGUCUGAUGGCUCUGUCGGACCAGAGAAACCAGCCGGUUGUGGCUGGAGGUGAGCCUGUGGGUGUGGGGCUCGUGGUGCUGAUCAUUGGUGUCUCUCUGGGGAGCAACAGCGGCUAUGCCAUCAAUCCCACACGAGACCUGGGGCCAAGAGUCUUCACACUGAUGGCAGGCUGGGGCAUGGAGGUUUUCAGGGCAGGCAAUGGAUGGUGGUGGGUACCCUUGGUGGCCCCCUUUAUUGGUGGAGUGACUGGGGCUUUAAUCUACAAAGCAUUUGUAGAGCUACAUCACCCUGAUCUUAAGAGCACUAAGACACAGUCUACAGAAGAUCCUGAAUGUGUUUCUCUGGAAAAGAACAAGAAUGGCACUACAGAGAUAUCUGUGUGAGACCUGCUCAAGUUAAGGACCAAGAAUGGUUCAGGGACCAAUUAAGGAAAGUUCCCUUUCCA